AUGGCUGAAUUCAAGCUAUCCUACGAGUCUCAACUGGACGUCUACCACCCCUCCUACCGCUACGAAGCCCAUGACCCGCGCGACUGGAAAUCUGCCGCUCUCCGUGGCCCAGCCCUCCCAGCUCUAGGGAAUGCAACUGCUGGUGCAGUGGGAGCAGCCAUCUCCAAUGUGGUCGUCUACCCGCUCAAUGUCAUCGUCGCUCGUCUACAGACUCAGAAUCAGAAGCAGAAAGACAGCGACUCGAGCGAGAAAUCCGACGACGAUAAUUCGGACGAACUAUAUACAAGUGUGGUGGAUGCUGCCCGCAAAAUAUAUGCGCAACAAGGCUUCGCCGGCUUCUACCCCGGUCUGGCGCAGGAUACCUGGAAGACGGUCGCAGAUUCGUUCCUUUUCUUUCUUGCAUAUAGUGCCAUCCGUCAGAGGAGGAUAGUGGCGCGCGUAGGUGUAGAGCGAGCCGCCAAGAGCAAAAAUAUUGUCCUUCCAAUACUUGACGAACUUGCCGUGGGUGUUUUAGCUGGUUCGUUUGCCAAGCUAUUCACCACGCCACUAUCGAAUAUCGUCGCGCGCAAGCAGACAUCUGCGGCACGCAAGGGUGGAAAUGGGAAGAACUUGUCGACAAGCGACAUAGCAGCUCGCAUCCGUGCCGAGAAGGGCAUCCUUGGCUUUUGGUCUGGAUAUUCGGCCACUCUGAUACUCACCCUGAAUCCAUCUCUCACGUUCUUCCUCAAUGAAUUCCUCAAACGGACCCUCCUCCCACGAUCGAAGCGCGACAAGCCCCCUCCAGCUUUGACAUUCCUUCUAGCGGCUCUUAGCAAAGUCGCCGCCUCGUCAAUCACAUACCCCUUCUCUCUUGCGAAAACCAGAGCUCAGGUAAUGAGCUCGGACUCUAAAUCCAAGUCUGGGACUGCAGAUAAGACCAGGACCUCCCUUCUUGCCUCUCUCACCCCCGAAAUACUUUCCACAGUCGCCACUAUUGCCCGCACAGACGGUAUACCAGGGCUAUACGCCGGCCUUCAUGGCGAAGUGCUAAAAGGGUUCUUCUCGCAUGGAUUUACAAUGCUCGCAAAAGAUGCAGUGUACGCUUUCAUAGUCAAGAGCUACUACCUCCUUCUGCUGCUGGGACGUCGCUAUCCCUCACCAGACGAACUAAUCCAACGUGCCCGUGAACAGGCAGAGGAGUAUACAGAGAUCGCACGUGAAGGCGCGCGGGAUCUAGCAGAGAGAACAAAGGAGGGCGCAGAGGGGCUGCUGAACGUUAAUUCUGGCGGUAACACUGUUGAUAUGACAUCAAACUCCGCAGGCGCAGCUGAUGCUUCUUCUGGUCUGAAGGUUCCUGCUUCGUCAGUUUCCGAUGAACUUAAUGAGACGGCUGAGCUGGUCGGUGAUUAUGUUGAGGAUGAAGCAGCCGAGUGGAAGAGCCUUUAUCAUUGGUUUUGGGAGAAGGAUCGUGGGCCGCAUCACGAUUGA